AUGGCACCGUACCUACAAGAGGCCAAGAGGUCGGCCCUCCCUGGAUUCGGAUUCCUUCUUUCUGUAACCGUGGAUGUUCGUUGCUUCCAUUUACCUCCGUUCCGCCCAGCACGAAGCACCACACGCCCGAUGACGUCCUCGACACCGGGCCCGGAGUUCUGCCCGCAGUCAACCCUGUCCAGGAAGGGUGCGGUGUACAUGGGUGAUGUCCCCUGGCUGCGCACACGAAGGCGACCUUCUUCUGCGCCAGCCGCUGCCCGGCGAGAGGCGUCCACACAAAGCGCUGAAAGCGCUGCUAGCACCACCUCUCGAGCAGCAAGUGUGGCCGUGCCUGUACCGCGUGGCUUCAGUUUCGGCACCAGCAAGCGCCUGCCUGACUGCAGCGGAGACACACCUGGAUUCUCGUACAUCCCACCCUCGACACUGCGACCGCGUUCGGCUUCGUGCCGCAAUGGCCACCGACCGGAAGAAGCAAAGCUCGAACUGAGGCCUGACCCCCACACGUAUGACCCAUCAAGGCCAUCACGUGCACCUGCAGCGCGCUUUGGAAGUGCCCAGCGCAGCUCUUCAGAGCCAAGGACAGCCUCUGCUUUGGGGCCAGGUGCCUACGUAGUCACGGAGCUUGAGCGACACGUGAACGCCAUCCGGAUCGACUCUGGGCCGACCAGGUUCUCUGCAGGCUGUUCCGAACAGCCUGGCCCCGGUGCCUACGACCCCAUGAGACCAUGGGUGCGAGGGGGAGGCAACCGUGCCACCUUUGCACGAGCGCCGCGCGAGCCAAAGACACAAGACCACAGCAACCUGAGCGGGGAACGUCGGGCGCAGAUAAUCAGAAGCUUCUUCAGAGCUGGCGGCACCACGGCUGCGUCAAUGCGGAGCCGUGGAGUGCGGCUGCCACCGCGGCGGCUGGCUCGCUCGAAGUGCGUCAGAGCCUGUGGAGGGCCCGGUCCAGGUGCCUUCGAGCUGAAGGACGGAGGCCAGAGCAAGACGCGUCAGGAAGUUAGCAGCUGUGAGCACAGCUUUGAAGACUUCAUUGGUCAGGCCCCGCACAAGCCAGCGCAAGUGCACCGCGGCAACGCCGCUGCAGCAGGCCCAUCGGAUGUGAUUUUGGUGAUCGGCCAGGCAAUGGCACUCUUGGCCGGACAGGAGCCGCCGUCCUCCGAGAGGCUGAAAACGUGUUGGAACUCUCCUUUAGCGGCUGCCCAGUUCGGCUCAGCGCCACUUCGCGACGAUGCCGGCGGCGGGCAAGGCAAUGUGCUUUGCCCAUACAAAGCACACCCGGCAUGGGAGGCCAGCGCAGGCAUUGAAGACAGUGACCUUCUCUGCACCAGCCACCCGAUGUGGGGCAAAUGGAUCGGGUCUUUGAAGCCCGCUGAUUUCACAACUGCGUUUGGAGAAGUGGCGGCAUUUGGACUCCCUCUCGCCGCUAUCACCUCGCGAACACCCAAGGUGCAACCCGAACACCAGUGUGGAAACAUUCAGAGCCUCUUUCAGAGCCUCUGCGUGAAGAACUCAGCUUGUGCUAUGCUAUCACAGGUGAAAGGCAUAGAAAGGAACUCUGCAGAACUGGAGGGCGAGGAGAAGGCUGAGCAGAGUUGCGAUGGGCAGACAACACUGUGCGCCGACAGCCGCGGGAAGUGCCUCGCUGGUACAGUGCAAAGCCAAGGAGCACUGUCACAGCUUGCCGCCAUCGAGGUUGAGGUUCAGGCCUUGCAGCUUCGCGGCGUCCUCAGCGAUGGCGGAAGGGACACUUGCGGGCCUCGGGGGGACCACAUCCAAAACAUUGGAGUGGAGGAGCUUUCUGCGUUGCCCUUGGACAGUGAGGUGCAUGCUGCUGGCACCUGCCCACAUUCCACCCUCGUCAUCGCACGUCUGCAGCCCCUUACGUCGUGGACUCCGGUCCAGCUCUUCGAGCUCGGCCGCGCCCAUUUGGCCUUUGGAGGCCGCUCAUCGCAAAGCAAGUCCCCCACCUCGACGUUGGACGGUGCUUUGCUAAGCAGAAUGUUUUCGCCACAGCUGGUGGCAUAA